AUGGCUGCGCUGGCUUCGCAUGUGUUUUGUCUUUUGUACAGCUUACCAGGACCGCCGAUGUAUUUCGUUCAGAAUUUCUCGCUGAUCCUGUAUCCUGUGAAUAAGAACUUGUGUCCGAAGAUAGAUCCUCACAGGGAUGUGAUUUUCAACUUAUUUACAAGGGAGAACCCAAAGGUUUCUCAAAUCCUAGAGAUAGAAAAUGAUAGUCUCCUGAGCGCUUCCAACAUGAAUUUUCUUCGGCCAACUGUGAUUUUUUUUCACGGCUUCACAGAGUCGCUAAUGGCUGACGAUUCUCAAAGAAUAGGAAGAGGAUUUAUUGAACGAGGGGAUUACAACGUUAUAAUAGUGGAUGCUGAGAGACUUCUAGCUGGGCUAUAUUACCUGAAUGCCGUGACCAACUGCAAACACAUCGGAAGGUAUGCGGCGCAGUUCAUUGAUUAUUUAGUGACGAAGGGACUGGACCUGAAAAAGUUGCAUGUUAUUGGGAUGAGUUUGGGAGGACAAAUAUCGGGGUUUGUGGGGCAGUACAUCAAGUCUGGAAGACUUUCCAGGAUAACUGCUUUAGAUCCUGCUGGUCCAUUGUACAACGGAGUGACUGAGGACGACAGACUGGAUCCUGGUGAUGCUGACUUUGUGGAUGUGAUACAUUCCAACAAGGGUGUUUUCGGCUACAAAUAUCCUUGUGGUCAUGUAGAUUUUUGGCCCAAUGGGGGUGGCCCUGUCCAACCAAGUUGUUCGCUUGCUGACCGCCUCUCUCGACGUCCCUUUUCCUUAAAUACUCUUGUCUUUUGUGAUCAUUAUCGGGCGUACCAACUGUUCGCUAGAUCUUUGACGGACUCGCAGAGGUAUCUAGCUACCCAGUGUUCCAGCUACAAGGAAUUCAAGGAUGGUAAAUGCAGCUUCAACAACAAAACCUUCAUGGGAAUUUCUGUAAAUGAAAAAGCUAGAGGAAACUAUUUUAUAUAUACAGGAAGGGAUGCCGAUGGUUAUACUAAUUAA